AUGGCUUCUGUACAAGAUAUUGGUCUAUCUGCAGCUAUAAAUCUCUUGUCUGCAUUUGCAUUCCUCUUUGCAUUUGCUAUGCUUAGGCUUCAACCAGUGAACGAUAGAGUUUACUUCCCAAAAUGGUAUCUCAAAGGGAUACGAGGAAGCCCUACUCGUUCCAGAGGAAUCAUGAACAGAUUUGUCAAUUUAGAUUGGACUACUUAUGUCAAGUUCCUUAAUUGGAUGCCUGCUGCUCUUCAAAUGCCUGAACCCGAGCUCAUCGAACACGCCGGGCUUGAUUCUGCUGUAUAUAUCCGCAUUUACCUUCUCGGAUUGAAACUAUUCAUACCGAUAACACUACUUGCUUUUGGAGUUUUGAUUCCUGUCAAUUGGACAGGAGAAACGCUUGAUAAAAUCGAUGACUUGACAUUUAGUAACGUCGACAAGCUGUCGAUAUCGAAUGUUCCACCAGGAUCGCCGAGGUUUUGGGCACAUUUAACUAUGACAUACGUGUUCUCAAUCUGGACUUGUUACACAUUGUAUAUGGAAUACAAGACUGUGGCUACUAUGAGACUGAGACAUCUAGCUUCUGAAGGUCGUCGCCCUGAUCAACUCACUGUACUUGUGAGAAAUGUUCCUCCAGAUCCCGAUGAAUCAGUUAACGAACAUGUUGAACACUUCUUCUGUGUGAAUCAUCCUGAUCAUUAUCUUUGUCAUCAGGUAGUGUACAAUGCAAAUGACCUUGCAAAAAUCGUUGCACAGAGGAAAGCUAUGCAAAAUUGGUUGACUUACUACGAGAAUAAAUACGAGAGGAAACCAUCAAAUAGGCCAACAACAAAGACAGGUUAUGGAGGUUUUUGGGGAACUACAGUAGAUGCAAUUGACUUCUAUACUUCCAAGAUUCAUGAUUUGGCUGAGAUAGAGGCUACAGAAAGAGAAAAGAUCAUGAAUGAUCCUAAGGCUAUAAUGCCUGCAGCAUUUGUUUCCUUCAAAUCACGGUGGGGAACAGCGGUUUGUGCUCAAACACAGCAAUGUCAUAACCCCACAAUAUGGUUGACGGAAUGGGCUCCUGAACCGCGUGAUGUUUACUGGGAUAAUCUCUCUAUUCCGUAUGUUGAGCUCUCAAUAAGAAGAUUGCUCACAACAAUGGCACUCUUCUUUCUUAUUUUCUGCUUCAUGAUACCCAUAGCAUUCGUUCAGUCUCUUGCCAACCUUGAAGGAAUCCAAAAAGUUCUUCCUUUCUUGAAGCCGCUAAUUGAAAUGAAGACUGUAAAAUCUGUAAUCCAAGGAUUUCUUCCAGGCAUAGCUUUAAAGAUUUUUCUCAUCUUACUUCCGACUCUUCUGAUGACAAUGUCACAAAUCGAAGGAUAUACAUCGCUGUCUUAUUUAGAUAGAAGAUCAGCUGAGAAGUAUUUCUGGUUCAUUAUAGUCAAUGUCUUUCUUGGAAGCAUCAUUACCGGGACAGCGUUUCAGCAGCUUAAAUCUUUCCUCGAGCAACCACCAACGGAGAUCCCGAAAACUGUUGGUGUUUCGAUCCCAAUGAAAGCGACAUUUUUCAUCACUUAUGUCAUGGUUGAUGGUUGGGCUGGCAUUGCAGCCGAGAUACUCAGACUGGUUCCAUUAGUCAUGUUUCAUCUGAAAAAUGCGUUUUUGGUUAAGACGGAACAAGACAGGCAGCAGGCAAUGGAUCCAGGUCAUCUGGACUUUGCAACAACUGAACCUCGGAUUCAAUUCUAUUUCUUGCUAGGGCUUGUCUACGCUGCUGUUGCCCCCAUUCUUCUCCCGUUCAUCAUCGUCUUUUUCGCCUUCUCCUACGUUGUUUUCAGGCAUCAGGUUAUAAAUGUCUACGACCAGAAAUAUGAGAGUGGUGCUAGAUACUGGCCAGACGUGCAUAGACGUUUGAUCAUAUGUCUAAUAAUAUCACAGCUUCUGAUGAUGGGUUUGCUCAGCACAAAGAAACUUGCAAAAGCAACAGUUCUGCUUCUUCCCCAGCCUAUCUUAACCAUUUGGUUUAACAGAUACUGCGCAGGACGGUUUGAAUCCGCCUUCUCAAGAUUCCCCUUACAGGAAGCAAUGGUGAAGGAUACACUGGAAAAAGCGACUGAACCGAAUCUAAACCUCAAGGAAUACUUAAAAGAUGCUUACGUGCAUCCGGUUUUCAAAGGGAAGGACUUUGACAGACCACGAGUAGUCGAUGAAGAAGAGAGCAAUCCUCUUGUACCGACUAAGAGAACUUCUCAAAGCACGACCCGGUACAACUCAGAAGCUAGUAGCCAAUAA